AUGUCAUCAUCAUAUUUUUAAUCAGGGGUCUCUAAAAACAGGCCUGCACUCAAAAUUUUCAAAGAGACUCUUCCUUAUUCAUUCAAUUACAGCAGUAGGGUUUUAGCCUAGCUAGAAAAUGAGAAUUCAAAUAGGAGCCAUCUUGGUUCAAAUUAUAAGACUACAAUUAAUUAUAACGCAAGUAUUAUAGCGCAUCCUUAUAUACCCUAUCAAUAGCAAUCUAUUAGUGCAGCAAUUAUUCCCUCUAAAAAGAGAAACUUAUCUCAAUCAAGCAAUUAAGAUAUUAUGUUCUUCCCAGAAACUAAGCUUCCCAAAUAAAAUAAGUAGAAUAGAACUUUAAGACAAAAGAGAAGGCAGCCAAGUAUAAAGAUUUUGCUAUCAAAAUAUAAGGAUUAUUAAGAUGAAAUAAUUCCAAGUAGUCAUAGCAACAAUAUAAAUGAUGAUGAAUCAAAGAAAGAUAAUGAGAAAAUGACAAUGAGCAGGUCCUUUUACUCAAAUGAAAAAGAGUUUUUUAAGGAAGAAUCAGUUAAACCCAGCACAAGAGUGAUAUCUAUGUAGCCUAGAAAGAGCAUCUUUACAUCUAGAUUAUAGAAAAUCAAGGAUGGUUACAAAAAGAAUGAAACUGGGUAGCUCAUUAUAAAUCUUAACUCAAAUGCAAAAUCUGUAAGUGAGGAGUCCUAUGAUUUCGGAGAUAGUAGGAGGACAUCAUUUUCAGACUUUUAUGAAUUAAAUGAGAUGCUUGUUGAUGAAAAUGGAAAACAAAUAAAAAAGAACUACAAAGGAAAGAAAGUACUAAUAAAAGGCAUCCCUUAAGAUGAGAUAAAAAUGAGGGAACUAGAAAUGGAAAAAAUGUAGUUAAAAGUCUUAUAAGGGCCAGAAAAACUUGAAUAUCUAUAUAAACUAAAUAGAGAGGAGGCUAAGCUAAGGACUUAUUCGAGAGACUCUAGUACAACUAAAAGUAGAGUUGAAAUUAACACAAACUAUAGUUAAAGAUCUAACAAGAAUUCUAAACUUGUUAAAAAUAACUAAAGUAGCUAAAUGAAGUCUAAUAUUUCUAAAAAAAGAAAAAUCAAUGUUUCUAAAGAUAGAAGUGCAACCAAUUUUGAAUAGCCUCCUUGGGUAAAUUAUGAUAAUUUUGAUGCAAAUAUUUACUCAUUAGAAACUAUUCCUAAGAAAAAGGAUGCUAUAAUAGCAUAAAGCCCAUCAAUUGAGGAGCAUGUAGAUAACAUAUUAAAUGAUACAUGA